UGUAGCUUCCCGCCGUCCCCCGUUCGACAGUCGCGCUCUGUUCGGUUUGCUGUGCGUAGUUGAGCUCUAUUAUUUUCGUUUUCUGCUUUUUAAGUGGUAUUGCCAGAGUUAUUUCUAUACCAGGACGAAUUUGUUAUUUUAUACUAGUGACUGAGUGUGAAAAGAAGUGUUCGCAUGGAUUGAGUGAGCAACGAUGUUACCUCCCACGGCCGGUCUAUCACAAGAACAACGCGACCGGCCCGACAUGGCGUACCAGCAACGUCAGGACGUGCGAGAGCUAACCAGAGAAAUCAUCAGAAGCGCUCGAGUAGCCAACAGAACACAUUCAACAUCCCCUGGAGUUCGAGACCGUUUCCCGUCAACAUCAUCAACGGACGACAAUGAGAGCGGUACAGAUGGAGAAGCAGACAGAUCUCGUCGUGUCAGCCUCAUACACGGAGGAGUGCCGACACCUCCACCCGGCAUCGUGUCCAUUCGCAAGCGACGAGGGAACCUUGCGAAACAUUCUGUCAAGAUUCUCAAGAAGUGGUUGUACGACCACCGGUACAAUGCGUACCCUAAUGAUGCUGAGAAGAUCGCGCUAAGUCAAGAAGCUAACUUGACCGUAUUGCAGGUAUGCAAUUGGUUCAUAAACGCUCGUCGGCGUAUCCUGCCGGAGAUGAUCCGGCGCGAGGGCCACGACCCGCUGCACUACACGAUCUCGCGACGCGGCCGCAAGCAGCCGGGCGGCUCCAGCUCUAACGCAAACAGUGCCGGCGUCGUCGUCGCCUCCUGGGACGGAGUCGAAGUUGAGAACGACGCAGACCGCAGCGCCGAGCAGGAGUACAGCGACGGGCUGCUGGUGUACCGGAGCGACGGAGACGACAUCGGGGAUGGAGAGGAGGGAUACUCAUCUAGCGCUGUCUCAGAGGAGGAGGUCAAAUACGACCCCUCCGUCUGGCAGUCCGUCAUACGGUACGGACCAGAGGACCAGGAACUACACCCCGUCGCCCGAGGGCGUACGGCGGGCGUGGUGUCAGUGCGCACGGAGGCGGAGGAGGGCGCGGAAGCGGGCGCGGGCGCGGCGCCGGCGGACGCGGGCAGCAGCGCCGAGGGCGGCGCGGCCGGCGGCUGGCACCCGCAGCUGGCGCACCUGCCGCAGCUGCCGCAUCCACUGCGGCGCCGGCUACAGGUGGUGCCUACGAAUGUGAGCAGUGAAGGAGAGCGAGACAAGUUCAAGUGUCUGUACCUGCUCGUCGAGACCGCCGUCGCAGUGCGCCAAAGGGAGAAGGAAGCGGAGGAGGUCCCCGUCUAGUGACCGAGGUAUCGGUAUGGAGUGGACUCGGCAGCACCGCCAAACGGAAUUGUACGUUCAGCACGCGGUAUUUAACGUUACAAUCUUCCACUAAUGUAGAGUUUACAAGUCGUUCGUGUGUUUAUCACUAAUUUAUGGCCCUCGGUAACUUCUAUCCAAGGUACCCUUACCCGUAACUCGUAUAUAGUACUUUGAUUUGACAUAGUUAAUUUUGUACCUACGUGCAAUAGGCCACUAUCUUGUCGGCCCUAAACUUUAGCUGAAAUCCAAACCACAUGCAAUUUUAAUAAAAUACAUAUUCCAACGAAUUGUGAACCUCAUAUUUUUAUUUUGGAAUUUAAAAUAUCAUGCGCAACGAUGUCGUUACUUUGCGCAAAGGUUGCGCAUGUUUCGUUUUAUUGACAGAAAUGACGGAAUAAUCUUCGGAUUGUCGUUAUUUUUUUGUAUAUAAUUUAAAUUUUAGUUUUUAAAAAGUGACCAGGCCCGACUAGAUCGCAUUAGUAUGACCAAGUUGAAGGUUGAAGGGAUGUUCGUAUUAUUUUUAUAUGUAUAUCAGUAGGUAGAUUAAAAAAAAUGGGAAUAGAUUACUGCCACUGUUGUGCACAUAAUGCGUCUUGAAUCUGAUCAAUGUAACCGAUCGUAGCCUAUGUAUACUCUAGUAGUUUAAAUAUAUUAUUAUACACUUACAAGCUCUGGUAGUGCUCGUUUUAUAAUAGAACGCUUUUUAAUAGAAUCGCUAUCUUAUUUUAAAAAACAAAUCAAUUUCCUGGUUGAAUCAGAAAUAGAAUCAAGAAAAACAAUAUUCCCUAUCUCAUCAUUAGGAUUAUGUUUGCUAAAUUAAUAUAAGAUCAUGAAGUUUAACAUAAUAAUUAUGUUAAAUUUGCUUCGCCUUUUAGGACAUGUUUUUAUUUUUUAAUUUUAUAACUUUCUGUAAUGUUACAGCUUCAGCUAUUUAAGCCUAAGGCAUUUAGUUAACCGACACCAAUUUACUGUAUGUGCAAUAAAAAACAAUACAACAAAGGUUUUAGUAUAUAUUGUAGGUAGGUUACUAUUUAAAAAAAUGUCAUCGAUUUAUUUACAAGCAACUUUAUGCGCUCUAUAAGAUAAUAAUAUAGAUAUUUAUUUGUAUUUUUUAUUCUAUUUGAGAAAAUUAUAAAAAAGUGCACUAUCAAAGCUAAAUUAUGAUACAUACAUAUACACUGUUAACAUAUUUUUGUAGAAUACAUGAUAUAUCAGUAGUCUUCUCAAAUUUUAUAAUUAGAGUGACAGACUGGUUAUAAAAAAAAGUAUUUACUCUGCUUGUCUCGUUCCUAUCAAAUAAUAUAAAUGUAUGAUAAACUCUUGAAUUGAUAUAAUAUGAAUACAUAUGGGGAUUUAAUAUAGUCAUCCCGCUAAUAUUACAAACACGUAUAAAAAUCUCAUUUCAUUAAAUAUAAUUACGCCUUUACGGCAAAAAAAAACUAUUUUGCAUUAGAAUGUAGACUUCUUGUUGGAAAACUGUAAUAACAGCUAUAGGAAACAUCCUAAAGUUGCUACCAUUUGACUAAAAUAAAUCAUUUUUUUUUUAUUGUUCUCAGGCAUUUAAUCGACAUCGUCAUAUCAGCCAGUUUAUUUAAAUUAAAUGUGGUCACGCGUUUUCUUCAACAUUUUAUCGGUACAGGCCUGGACGAAAACUUUCGACUUUUUAACUAAUUUAGAUGCAACACGUCGCAACGUGUAUAAGACACAUUAUCACAGUGAAGCUACCCUCUCCAUACAGUACUGUAAUGCCCUGAAAUAGUUCCACUAUUCCCGCAAUAUUCAUUCAUAUUGAAUGCCAUGUCCCUAGUUGUAUGCAGUUCAGGAUAUCUUCCACUGUGUUCGCCCACUCCCCACGUUUUACGAUAUAUUCGUAGGACCAGAGGACCUAGUACGAGUUUGUUUUACAUUUAUAGUAAUCGAAACGAAACUGCGUUCCGCGCUCUGAUUGGCCGGCUCCAAUGAACCAACCAAUCAGAGCGCCGAAUGCAGUUUCGUUAAUAAAACGUACUACGCCCUCCAGUAAUCGACUGUAUGGAGUUGUAGAUUGCAAUAAUUAUAUUCGUAUAUUAAACUCAUGUCCUUGUAUAUAGUAUGUACACAUACAUAGUGUAUGUUAGGUCUAAAGUUUUGUAGCUUCUAGUUAAAUGUUAGUGCCAAUGAGGCAAUCCUAUAUUGUAACAUCUCAGGAUAAUUUCGAUGAUAAUUUAUUCAAGGGUGAAGACGUCCACAAAAUUUAGGCGAGCAAGUAUCAUAGAGGUUGAAAUUUAGCACUAGAGUUAUCAGCACUAAAUUGCGGGAUUCACCCUGUAUUCGUCAAUAAAUUGUCAAGGUAAAUUAUCCCAGUUAUUGUGUUAUUUUUCUAUCGAUACUUAUAAUAUACCUAUCAACUUAAGCAAAAGCUUUAAAAGGUAGUCGAAACACAUAAUUAAAAUUAAUAUUUUUCAUAUAAUAACAAAUGUACUAGAUGAGGAAGUUGUUGUAUUUAUCUGAAAGUACCUACGUGAGCUAUCUAAUGUGUCCUGAAUGUAUCCUCCAUAUAGUAAAUCGUUUUCAAUGUAACAGCAUUAUAAAUUAAUCUACAAUAAUUAUGUUUGGAUCCAUCUUAGAACUGCAUUACACUUAACAAUGUUUAUCAUUUUAAUAUCUAUUCUCAUAAGUCACAAGUGAUAGUGAUAUUUCUCAAUGAUUAUUAUGGUUCAUUUUCCUAUAAACAUAUUUCAAGUGUAGUGGAGUUCUAUAUAAAAUUGUUUGUAUUUAUUUAUUGGUUGUGAAUUUGGGGCGUCGCUGUGUGAAUCGGAUGUUGUAUGUAUUUCUUAAGGCCUAUUUUUAAUUUAUUUUGAUGGACAUAUUGAACUAAACACAUGAUCAUUGAGAAUGAUUUCAAUCAUUGUUCUGUUAGGGUGGUAAAAGGAGAAUGCUAAUACAUUACUGUUUGCUUUAAAACAAGCCUGGGGGCGAAUUCUCGGUUUUAGAGAUAGUGUCGAACUCGACAAAAAUUUCUAAUUACGUAAUUUUUUCGACAAAUUUUAAGUUUCUAUUCUGGGAAUGUCUAAUUUGACAUUUGUCGAAGCCUAACGUUACAGUUCUUGUCGAGUGCUUCUGAGCAGUAGAAAUGUCAUAUCGAUUGUAGAGAUCGUCAUUUCUGAGUGAAUGUGUUGAGUUUAGGAUUGUACAGUGCUUUCUUUUCUUUUGUUUUUAAAUAAAAUAUGGCUUGACAUCUCAUAACUACUGAAAAUUCGAUAAUUAUACUCUUUAAUUUUUGCAUUGUAUUUUCUUGAAACAACUGAAUUAUUACUACUAAAACUAUUUAUCUCGAAAAUUGAAUGUUUUCACUGUCAAACUGAUAAUUUUUACUUUAAACGUUUUGUUUUAAACUUAAAUAUAGUCAGCGUUUUAAAACAAUUCAUUAAUUCCCUCAUAGCUACCUAAAACGGAACGUGCGAUUCUUCAUAAUGGUAAUAUUAUCUUCACUCGAUUCGACAUUUUCGUAACAUUUAUUUCUAUUUUAACUGAGAAUACGGAAUUCUGCUCAAUUCCACUUUUUUGGUAGAUAUAGAGAUAUUUUUAAUAGACAUAGAGAUAGAUUUACAAUCUCGAACUCGAAAUGAAUGGCGAAAAUCGAGAAUUGGCCCCUGAUUAGACUUGCUUUAGAUCAAAUAAUGUUACUUCAAUGUGUCUAUUAAAGUAUGAGUUACGGCUUCAAUAGCUGGCGACGAAUUAAAUGUAAAAGGUAUGGGGAUAAUACAAAACUUUUGUUAAUCAAUUUUAUUGAACAUUGAUUUAUCAGACAAGCUAAGCCCGAGUGACAAGUUUCGUUCGAGAUGUAAUCAUUUUGCUGAUAACUCGCUGUUACAGAGGUAAAAGUACCUCCUAAUUUUAAUUAUUUACGACAUUGAAUAUUUGUUCAAAUGACCUUCCUCAAAUGUUAUGAGAAUUCAUUAGUUUAAUGUUACUAUGAUACCUGUUAUGGUACCCGUCGGCCAGCCUGAUGCACUUAACGUUAGCAGUCAAUGUUAAUUAGCUCUUAAGUCGUUUGUUUUAAGGUGACUUUUCGUUUUAACUCUUUAUAUGUAAGUAGGGUGUCAUUUUCGUUUCUUAAUUUACCUGAGUACAAUAACUUAGAACUUAGUAUUUUUCGUUCAUGUAAAUACUCCUGUGUAAGAUGCGUAAUCUGUUAGUGAAUAAAAUAAAAGAUUUCAAAAAA